AUGCCUGUUCAUCGUAUGUCUGUUGAAUCAGCUGUACCGACAACAACUACAAAUGAAUUGACCGAUGGAACUAAAACAGAAACAACAGAUAUGAAUUUGUCUAUUGAAUACGACACACCACCGAUUGACAGUCUACCGAUGGAUGAAGAUGAAGAGGAUGACGAUGACGACGAAUAUGAAAGCGAUGGAGAUGAACAAGAAAUUGCAUAUAAUCCAGCUUGUCAUGUGUGUGGUCUGGCUUCAUAUACAACUCCAUGUCAAGGCAAAUGUCGUUAUUAUUUUCAUCGCGAAUGUGUCAAUAUCUUCGAUGAACAGCAAACAGUUAUUUGUCCCGAUUGUUUAGCAAAUCGUUUACUGUGUAUGAUAUGUGAAAAACCGAUUAAAGAAGAUGAACUAACAUGUGCAUUCAAUCAAUGUAAUCGAAUAUAUCAUUCUUCAUGUUUAACGAAUUCAAAAUUAAUGACAUCACCGUCGCCCGGUGUUUACUAUUGUCCACUUCAUACUUGUGCAACAUGUUGGUUACAUAAACGACUUAAUAGCAAUAUUGGUCAUGUAUUUACUUGUUUGUAUUGUCCAGUAGCCUAUCAUGGCCAUGAACGAUGUCUGCCAGCUGGUUCAUUGUCGCUCUCGUAUUCUUCAUCGAUAUGUUGUCCAAACCACUUGCCAGUCGAACGAAAACCGGCACGUUGUGCUGCUGCUCCCUAUUGUUGCAUAUGUGAACAGAUAACUCGAGGUACCGAAUGCUUUAUUUGUGUCGAAUGUCCUGCAACAAUUCAUCAAUCGUGUUUGCCGACGACGAACGAAGAUGAAAAGCCAACAAGUUGGAAAUGUGAUUCAUGUACAAGUAGCUUAAAGCCACUCUAUGGCGAUAUAUGUUGGAUAAAAAUGGGCAAAUAUCGAUGUUGGCCAAGUCGAAUCUUACAUGAGCGUCAUGCGCCAGACAAUCUUCUAGCUCAAGAACGUACUGUUGGCGAGUUUCUAAUACAAUUCUUUGGAUCUAAAGAAUUCUUCUGGGCUAACAAGCACCACUAUCUACCUUUCGAAACUCGUUGCGUCAAAGGAAUGGAUUCUCGCGAUUAUCAACAUACCGAACAAACUUUUAAAGAUGGUCUUCGAGAAGCAACACGUCUCUAUACUCGUAUCAAACAAUUCUAUGCGAAUAACCCAGUGGAAAACUACGGUGAAGCAACAAAACUUGAAGAAAUGACACUGGAUGAUGUUUAUGAUGAAUUCGAAGACGACGACGAUGAUGAUGACACAGACGAAGAUUCAGUGGAAAUGAACUCUGACGAAUCGAUCAACAAUGAACACGAAAAGACAUCAACAACAAACGGAAGAUCAAAAUUAAUUGAUCGAAGUGCCAAUAAACAUGGACAAAUGCCUGUUUAUAGACAUAUCAAAACUUUAAAACCGAUUGGUGAAGCACAAAUACUUCGAUUACCAUUAUCAGAAAUAUCUCGUUGUGACUGUGAUCCCAAUAAACCAGAUCCAUGCAGUUCAGACGAACAUUGUCUAAAUCGAAUGCUUAAAUAUGAAUGUCAUCCACACGUUUGUGCUGCUGGUGACAAAUGCAAAAACCAGCGUUUCCAGAAACGUAAUUAUCCAGCUCAGCAAGUAUUUUGGACAGCUGGUCGAGGAUGGGGUUUAAGAGCAUUAGUACCUAUCAAAGAAGGCGAAUUUGUCAAUGAAUAUCUCGGAGAGUUGAUAACUUAUGAAGAAACUGAACGACGUGUUAAAUUAGCUCGAAAGAAUAACGUAAAAGACUUUUAUUUUCUUGUUCUUGACAAAGAUCGGGUUAUUGACGCCGGUCCACGUGGAAAUCUCUCCCGAUUUGCUAAUCACAGCUGUGAUCCAAAUUUACGUACAGAAAAAUGGAAUAUCAGCGGAGACCUACGUGUUGGUUUAUUUGCCACACGAGCCAUUGAAGCUGGUGAAGAACUAACUUUUGAAUAUGGUGUUGAAUCGGAAUUUCGUGGUGACACAAUAUUUCAUUGCCUUUGUGGAGCCGAAACAUGCACCGGCUUUAUGGGUCGCUCGAAAAAACUCGGCGGAGUUUCAUCUACAAAUGAUUUAUCUUUAUCAUCAGCAUCGAAUUCCAACGGAACUGGAAACGGCCGACAUAGUAAUAAGAACCGUAUACGCACAUCAAAUAUAACCGGUGAUCACGACGCUGACACCUGUUUUGGUUGUGGCUUGACAGGCCAAUUAAUAGCAUGUCAAAUGGCAAAAUGCCCAAGAAAAUUUCAUCCUAAAUGCGUAAAAGUCAAAGGACAAUCAUUUCGACAUCGCUCGCCAUCACAAAAAUGGAUAUGUCCAUCACAUCGUUGUGAUAUAUGUGGUAUUGAUGCAACUAUAGCUUGUGCAGAUUGUUUAAGUUCAUUUUGUGCUGAACAUCAAAUAGAAAAUAUGCGUGGUGCAUAUUGUCUACUUCACGGACAGGAAUAA